CGUAGUCCUUUUCAAUGUCAUUUCAGCGUCUCCAGGAGACUGGACUCCAAGGAGCCCCUGGGCAGCCAGCGAGCAGCUUCGCCGACCCCAAAGCAGGCUCCUGGGGCUGCUCCCGGCCAUGAGAGCCCCCGGGAGACAGGGGCCCAGGGCCCGGCCGGCCAGGAGGCUGGGGGCCCCCGCAGGACGCUGCAGGUGGACAGCAGGACGCAGAGAUCAGGGCGGUCCCCCUCCGUGUCACCAGACAGAGGCAGCACCCCCACAUCACCUUACUCCGUCCCCCAGAUCGCCCCCCUUCCCAGCAGCACACUGUGUCCCAUAUGUAAGACCUCGGACCUCACGUCGACCCCCAGCCAGCCAAACUUCAACACCUGCACCCAAUGUCACAGCAAGGUCUGCAACCAGUGCGGGUUCAACCCCAACCCCCACCUGACCCAGGUGAGCACUGCCGCCCCCUCCCACCUGCCUGCCCCGCCCCCUCCCGCUCCCUUCCCCUCUGUCACCAGCUCUCUCUCCCUCUCAUGUCCCUUGGCUACCGGCCUCUGUGUCUUCCUGGGCUUGUAUUCUGGCUCCAGAUGUGGCAGCGGAGACCAAGGCCUGGCCCAGGUCCUGUGGGAUCCCACCCCCUGGAGGCGUGGGCGGCCCCAGAGCCGAGUCUGGGUGGCGCGGGUGCUGACGGCAGACACAGGCAUGGCCGCCUGUGGAAUCAGCAGCGGGAGCCGGGGGGACCACACGCUGGGGGAAGUGGGAAUACGUGUUCACAGGUCGGGUCUAUUUGCGACACGAGGUGUCGUGGGUGUGGGACGCGUGGUUUGCGAGAGACCCCAUCGCCUGGGCACCUCUGAUGCGACGUUCUCGGGACCCGUCCGGGGCGGAGGUGCCUGGCACUGCUGUGUGGGAGGUGAGCCGGGCCGAGGCCUGGCAGCCUGGAGGUCGCUGCAGCGGGAGGCAUUGCCUCCCAGCUCCCCGGGAGGGACGGGCCACACAGUGACCUGGAGGCCUCGUGUCCUCGCCGAGCUCGUGAAGCGGCUCUUGGACCUCCGCACAGGCGACGUGGGGCUGGGCCCUGGUCAGUGUCACGCUGCCCAGGCAGCUGCCCCUCCUGAGCGGGGGAAGGUGUCUCCUCAGCCCCCUCACCCCGUCAAGCCUUCCACAGCCGGGCCCCGGCCCCCUGCGGGAGAGGCCCCGGGCAGAAGUGCCACCGCGGUGCCCUCCGGGCCUGGCGCUGCUGAUCAGGCCCAGGAGGGCCUCACCGGGAAGCUCUUUGGCCUCGGCGCGUCGCUGCUAACCCAGGCGAGCACCCUCAUGUCCGUGCAGCCCGAGGCCGACGCCCAGGGCCAGCCUGCCUCCAGCAAGGGGCCCCCCAAGAUCGUCUUCAGUGAUGCCAGCAAGGACGCUGGCCCGAGACCCCCAGGCUCAGGGCCCGGGCCUGGGCCUGCAGCUGGAGCCAAAGCUGAGCCUGCAGCCAGGGCAGGUGCCUCAUCAGGGCCCGGAGCCCCGGCGAGAACUGCGGGGACACCCAGCCCAAAGCAUGGCCGAGCAGAACAGCAGGCAGUGCCCAAGGCUGCUGCCAAGCCAAAGGCCAUGCCGAAGGACAGGCCCACCUGCCCACUGUGCCAAGCCGAGCUCAACGUGGGCAGCAAGGGCCCAGCCAACUACAACACCUGCACCGCCUGCCAGCUCCAGGUGUGCAACCUCUGUGGCUUCAACCCGACACCCCACCUGGUGGAGAAAUCCGAGUGGCUCUGUCUGAACUGCCAAACGAAGCGACUGCUGGAGGGCAGCCUGGGGGAGCCAGCCCCCCGCCCCCCGCCCGCCUCGCCGCAGCCCCCCACCGGGGCCCCUCACCGCGCGGCCGGAACAGCCCCUCCGAAGCAGAAAGGGCCCCAGGGGCCGGGCCAGCCCUCAGGCCCUCUGCCCGCCAAGGCCAGCCCCCAAGCAAAGCCCCUCAGGGCUUCUGAGCCCAGCAGGACCCCGGGCAGUGCCCAGGAAAAGAAGACAGGGUCCCCGGCUAAAGCGGAGCCUGUGCCGAAACCACCUCCAGAGACUGCCCUGCCCCCUGGGACUCCUAAGGCAAAGGCCGGGGCGCGGAGGACCGAGCCCGCCACCCCCGCCGUCAAGGCUGCUUCAGAAGCCCCCAAGGGUGGGGAGGCCGAGGAGCUGCUGGACCUGGGCCCAGGCGCUGACCCCGGCCUGGACCGCGAGCCGGAGCUGGAGAUGGAGAGCCUGACGGGCUCGCCCGAGGACCGUUCCCGCGGGGAGCACUCCUCCACGCUGCCCGCCUCCACGCCCAGCUACACCUCGGGCACCUCGCCCACCUCCCUGUCUUCCCUGGAGGAGGACAGUGACAGCAGCCCCAGCCGCAGGCAGCGCCUGGAGGAAGCAAAGCAGCAGCGCAAGGCCCGGCACCGCUCCCACGGGCCCCUGCUGCCCACCAUCGAGGACUCCUCGGAGGAGGAGGAGCUGCGGGAGGAGGAGGAGCUGCUGCGUGAGCAGGAGAAGAUGCGGGAGGUGGAGCAGCAGCGCAUCCGCAGCACCGUCCGCAAGACGCGGCGCGACAAGGAGGAGCUGCGGGCCCAGCGCCGGCGGGAGCGCUCCAAGACGCCCCCCAGCAACCUGUCGCCCAUCGAGGACGCCUCGCCCACGGAGGAGCUGCGGCAGGCGGCCGAGAUGGAGGAGCUGCACCGCUCCUCCUGCUCCGAAUACUCGCCCUCGCCCUCCCUGGACUCGGAGGCCGAGGCCCCGGACGGCGGCCCCGCCCGGCUCUACAAGUCGGGCAGUGAGUACAGCCUGCCCACCUUCAUGUCCCUCUACUCGCCCACUGAGCCGCCCGCGGGCAGCGCCGGCAUCCCCAGCGCCGGGCGGCCCCUCAAGAGCGCCGAGGAGGCCUAUGAGGAGAUGAUGACCCCCCUGCACAGCUCUCCCGCCUCCCCCAGCUCUGCCUCCCAGGAGGCCAGCACAGCCUUUCCCCAGGGCCCGGGGGCCCCAGCCACCACGGCUCGAGGGUAUGUGACUCUGGCAUCACCUGCAGGCUCCGAGCGCAGCCCCUCACCAUCUGCCACAGCCCACGGCUAUGGGCAGAGCCCGACCACCGCAAACUACGGAUCCCAAACGGAUGAGAUGCCCCAGGCGCCCAGCGGUCCUGCCGCCGCCAGAGAGAAACCCCUGCGUGUGAGUGACGGCAAGGGCGGCCCCGCCCCGCCCUCCCAGGGAUAUGCCUACUUCCCGGGCUCCAGCCCACCGCUCUCCCCAUCUUCUCCCUCAGAGAGCCCCACCUUCUCCCCUGGCAAGCCGGGCCCCAGGGCCACAGCCGAGUUCUCCUCACAGACGCCAAGCCUGGCCCCUGCCUCGGACAUGCCGCGGAGCCCUGGCGCCCCCACCCCAUCCCCCAUGGUGGCGCAGGGCACGCAAACGCCGCAUGGACCCGGCGCGCCCCGCCUGGGCCCCCAGCAGUGGCAGCAGUCUUCUCGGGAGGCCCCCUUCAUGGUCAUCACACUGGCCUCAGCGGCCUCCAGCCAGACCAGGAUGGUCCAUGCCAGUGCCUCCGCCUCCCCGGUGUGCUCCCCCACCGACACGCAGCCCACCCCCCACGGCUACAGCCAGACCACCCCUCUGAGUGCGUCUCCGCUACCCUCAGAGCCUCCUGGGCCGCCCGGCUUCCCGCGGGCGGCCAGUGCCGGUGCGGACGGGCCCCUGGCGCUGUACGGCUGGGGCGCCCUCCCUGCCGAGAACAUCUCCCUGUGCCGGAUCUCCUCUGUCCCUGGAACGUCCAGGGUGGAGCCCGGUCCCAGGCCCCCGGGCAGUGCCGUGGUGGACCUCCGCACGGCCGUCAAGCCCACGCCCAUCAUCCUCACUGACCAGGGCAUGGACCUGACCUCUCUGGCCGUGGAAGCGAGGAAGUACGGCCUGGCCCUGGACCCGGGCCCCGGGCGGCAGUCCACGGCGGUGCAGCCUCUGGUCAUCAACCUCAACGCCCAGGAGCAGACCCAGGCCUUCAUCGGCACGGCCACCACCGUGAGCAUCACCGUGGCCUCCUCUGUGCUCCUGGCUCAGCAGAAGCAGCCUGUGGUCUAUGGAGACCCCUUCCAGAGCCGCCUCGACUUCGGCCAGGGGGCAGGUAGUCCCGUGUGCCUGGCCCAGGUCAGGCAGGUGGAGCAGGCCGUCCAGACAGCCCCGUACCGAGGUGGGCCCCGGGGAAGACCCAGGGAGGCCAAGGUUGCCAGGUAUAACCUGCCCAACCAGGUGGCCCCUCUGGCCAGAAGAGAUGUUUUGAUCACUCAGAUGGGCACUGCUCAGAGCGCUGGCCUCAAGGCAGGCCCUGUGCCAGAGCUGGGUGCCAGGAAGCCACACACUGUGCUGGUGCAAAUGGCAGAGGGCACGGCAGGCACUGUGACCACGCUGCUCCCGGAGGAGCCGGCGGGCGCCAUGGACCUCACGGGGAUGAGGCCCGAGAGCCAGCUGGCGUGCUGCGACGUGGUCUACAAGUUCCCCUUCGGCAGCAGCUGCACGGGCGCUUUCCACCCCGCCCCCAGCGCCCCCGAGAAGAGUGGGGCCGAGGCUGCCCCGCGGGCCCAGAGCAGCGGCCCCUUCUAUAGCCCGCGGGACCCGGAGCCCCCCGAGCCCUCCACCUACCGGGCCCAGGGGCUAGCGGGGCUUGGGCACCCGGAGGAGCAGAGGCCCUACCCACUGGGCCUCCCAGGCAGGCUGUACUCCUCCAUGUCUGACACCAAUUUGGCUGAGGCCAGCUUCAAUUACCACGCCCACAGGAUGGGGCAGCUCUUCCAGGGCCCGGGGCGAGACUCGGCCGUGGACCUCAGCUCGCUGAGGCAGUCCUACAGCCUGGGCUUCGUGGACGGGCGCUCCCUGGGGCAGGGCCUGCAGUACGGCUCGUUCACGGACCUGCGCCACCCCACAGACCCCUUGACUCACCCGCUGCCCAUGCGGCGCUACAGCUCCGUGUCCAACAUCUACUCAGACCACAGGUAUGGCCCCCGGGGGGAAGCCGCGGGCUUCCAGGAGGCCAGCCUGGCCCAGUACAGCGCCACCACAGCCCGCGAGAUAAGCCGCAUGUGCGCGGCCCUCGACUCCAUGGACCAGUAUGGAGGGCGGCGUGGCAGUGGCGGUGGCGGCCCUGACCUCAUGCAGUACCAGCCUCUGCCUGGGAAGACUGGGCGGGGGGAGAGCCUGGCCUGCCAGACGGAGCCGGACGGGCAGGCCCAGGGCGGGGCCGGGCCGCAGCUCAUCGGGCCCGCCGCCAUCAGCCCCUACCUGCCCGGCAUCCAGAUCGUCACCCCAGGGCCCCUGGGCAGAUUCGAGAAAAAGAAGCCGGAUCCCCUGGAGAUCGGCUACCAGGCCCACCUGCCCCCGGAGUCCCUUUCACAGCUGGUGAGCCGCCAGCCUCCCAAGUCCCCUCAGGUCCUCUACUCGCCAGUCUCGCCCCUGUCCCCACACCGGCUCCUGGACGCGCCCUUUGCUUCCAGCGAGAGGCUGAGCAAGGCUCACGUGAGUCCCCAGAAGCACUUCGCGGCCGACGGCGCGCUCCGCCAGCAGACGCUGCCUCGCCCCGUGAAGACCCUGCAGCGGUCUCUGUCCGACCCUAAGCCCCUCAGCCCCACCGCCGAGGAGUCUGCCAAAGAGAGGUUCUCCCUCUACCAGCACCAGGGGGGGCUGGGGAGCCAGGUAUGGGCACAGGGGCUGGUCCAGGGUGGGGCCGGGGAGAAGGAGAUCGACGCCAAGCUCAAGUACCUGGAGCUGGGCAUCACGCAGCGCAAGGAGUCUCUGGCCAAAGACCGGGGCGGCCGCGACUACGCGCCCCUGCGAGGCCUCGGUGAGCAUCGGGACUACCUGUCGGACAGCGAGCUCAACCAGCUGCGGCUCCAGGGCUGCGCCACGCCCGGACAGUACGCGGACUUCCCCAUCUCCGCCGCGGCUCCCGCCACCCCUGCCGGCCCCGCUGCCUUCCAGCAGCCCCGGCUCCCCGCUCCGGCCCCACAGUACUCUGCAGGCAGCGCUGGGCCGACUCCCAACGGAUUCCCGGCCCACCAGGCACCUGCCUACCCUGGCCCCAGCACGUACCCAGCGCCUGCCUUUCCUCCCGGCACCAGUUACCCUGCUGAGCCUGGUUUGCAAAGCCAGCAGGCUUUCCGGCCCACAGGCCAUUAUGCAGCCCAAACACCCAUGCCAACCACACAGAGCACCCUUUACCCAGUCCCGGCCGACAGCCGUGCCCCCCAUCCAAAGCCACGCCAGACAUCACUAGCCGACUUGGAGCAGAAGGUGCCCACCAACUACGAAGUGAUCGCUGGCCCCGCCGUGGCCAUGUCCUCGGCCCCUUCCGAAACCGGUUACAGUGGCCCUGUGAUGAGCAGCAACUACGAGCAGAGCAAGACCCCAGAGCUGCCCCGGGCCAGUGACCGCAGCAGCACGGGCCCAGCGCCCACCUACCCCUCUGACUCGCACUACGCCAGCCUGGAGCAGAGCGUCCCUCGGAACUAUGUGAUGAUCGACGACAUCAGUGAGCUGACCAAGGACAGCGCCUCCACGGCCCUGGACAGCCAGCGACUGGAGCUCCUGGGCCCGAGCGGCGGUGGGCGUCCAGGGAAGGAGCCAGGAGAGCCAGGGGCACUUGAGGGGCCCACACUGCCCUGCUGCUAUGCCCGUGGGGAGGAAGAGUCCGAGGAAGACGCUUACGACCCCCGAGGAAAGAGCGGCCCCCACCGGGGCAUGGAGAGCGACGGCCGGGCCGCCAGCACCCACUACUACGGUGACAGCGACUACCGCCAAGGGGCUCGCCCAGACAAGUACGGUCCAGGCCCCGCGGGGCCCAAACACGCCUCCAAGAGCCUGGCCCCGGCCGCCGUCUCGAAGCGCAGCAAGCACCGGAAGCAGGGCAUGGAGCAGAAGGUCUCCAAGUUCUCGCCCAUCGAAGAAGCCCGGGAUGUGGAGUCAGACCUGGCCUCCUACCCUCCCCCCGCGGGCAGCAGCGGCCUGGCCGCCCGGGGCAGGAGGUUCCAGGACGAAAUCACCUACGGGCUCAAGAAGAACGUGUAUGAGCAGCAGAGGCACUACGGGGCGUCCAGCCGGGACGCCGUGGAGGAGGACGACCGCGCGUACAGCGGGAGCAGCCGGUCCCGGGGCCCCGCGGCGUACAGCGGGGAGAAGCUGUCCAGCCACGACUUCGGCAGCCGGGGCAAGGGCUACGAGCGGGAGCGCGAGGCUGUGGAGCGCCUUCCGAAGGCAGGCCCCAAGCCCUCCUCCCUGAGCAUGGCCCACGGCCGGGCCCGGCCCCCCAUGCGGAGCCAGGCCUCGGAGGAGGAGAGCCCGGUCAGCCCCCUGGGACGGCCCCGCCCCGCGGGGGAUGCCCUCCCUCCCGGAGACACCCCCUGGGCAGCCAAAGCGGCCCAGCAGGGGAGGCCCCCUCAGGCUCAGCCACCGCCGGGACCUGGACCUGCAGGUAUGAAAGCUGGAGCCAGGCCCGGAGGCACCCCGGGGGCUCCCGCUGGCCAGCCAGGGGCCGAAGGGGACAGCAUGUUCUCCAAGAUCCUCCCCGGGGGGGCCGCGGAGCAGGCGGGCAAACUGACAGAAGCGGUCUCUGCUUUUGGCAAAAAAUUCUCCUCGUUC